CACACACACACAUACACACACACACACACGCACACACACACACACACACUGUAAGAUAGCAGUAGACUCUGGACUCGAUGCUCUUCCCCAGUCUCUCUUUCACCACUCUUCCUUUGUCUCCGUGUGUGUAUGGGUGGAGAGCUGCAGGCUGUGGAUGUGAGAGGCAUGAUGCUGAGGCUCCAGGCCCAUUGGUUGCCUGCCUUCAACCAUUAUCUCUCGCUUCCCUCUUCUGACUGUCUCCGUCUCUCUGUUUCUCCCUCCUCGCUCCCUGCACGCCCAUCAGCUUUCAACUCCUAAAAAAAUGAUUUGCAUUCAGAAGGAGAAAGGAACUUUCCAGCGUGCGCUCUAAAUGAAAUAGUGCGGGUGAGAACGCGUGCGAGAGAAGACGACUCUGGACGAAAGAGAGGAAGACAAUCAGAGGCGACAACAACAAAAAGUUUGAGCGAAGACGCCGUUUCAUGACUGUCUGGCCUCUACGCUGACCUCUUGGUGCCUCCACAAGCUCUGCUUAAAAUGAAACUGGAGGAGGAGUGGUGAACUCUUGAUGGGGGGUUCUUAUUUGAAGUUUACCACCGUGGGCUAAGGAUCAACUGAAGGUCUGGACCAAAGAGUAAUCAAACCUGCAUUCAUAUCAGAUGGAGGUGGAUGUAGCAGACAAGCGCCAUCGCACACGCUCGAAAGUGCCCUUGGAACCAGCAAUACAAGAGCUGUUCAGCUGCCCAGCACCACAUUGUGAUGGGAUUGGGCACGUCAGUGGAAAAUAUGCAAGACAUCAGAGUGUGUACGGCUGCCCUGUGGCCAAGAAGAGGAGAACACAGGACAGACUGCCCCUAGAGCCCAUGGCCAAGAGGAAGGCCUUUCACACACACACAGAGCAGCAGCCCAUGGACGACUGCUACCACACAGAGAUGGUGGAGGAGAAAGAUGAAGAGGAGGAAGAAGAGGAAGAAGCAGGGGAAGAGGAGGCGGAGGAAGAGGAAGAGGACGAUGGAGAAGCCGAAGUAGAGGAGGACGUGGAGGAAGAGUAUACGGAUAAUGAGGACCAAGUGGAGCAGGACGAGGGAGAGGUAGAGAAUGGAGAGGAUGAAGAAAUGGAGCAAGAUGAAGAGGAUGUGGUUGAAGAAGAGGAACGUGAGGAAGGAGAGGGGGAGGAUGAUGAGGAGGAAGAUGAGGAUGAACAGGAAGAGGAGGCGGAGGAGGAGGAGCAGCAGCACAAUCAGGAUCAAGCUGGCAAUCAGGUAAAUGGGAUCUACACCAAACCCAGCCCAAUGGUGGAGAAGGACGACAACAACAAUGAUGAAUAUGACAACUAUGACGAGCUGGUGGCUAAGUCUCUGCUCAACCUGGGCAAAAUUGCCGAGGACGCUGCCUACCGGGCCAUGACGGAGUCUGAGAUGAACAGCAACUCCUCCCACAGUGCUGCGGAGGAAGAUGAGGAGGAGGAAGAAGAGGAAGAGGAAGAAGAGGAUGAUGAGGAAGAUGAGGAAGAGGAAGAGGAGGAGGAGUGUGACAAUGGCUCUAAGAAGGGUGAGCUGAGCCUUGACGUAGAUAGUGAUGUAGUAAAGGAGACUGUGGACUCUCUGAAACUCUUGGCCCAGGGUCACGGAGCUGUGCUCUCUGACAACCUUGAAGAAAGGGCGUAUCAGGAAGACGGAGUGAAAAAUGAGGACUGCAGCAGCAUGAACGGCUUUGCUGGUUACGGGUGUAAUGGUAGCAGUUGUGCACAAAACAAGGCCAAUGGACAGAUGGUUGAGGAAAGCGAUGAGGAGGUCUGCUUGAGCAGUCUGGAGUGUCUGCGCAAUCAGUGCUUUGACCUGGCGCGCAAGUUAAGCGAAACAAAGCCGACAGAGCACCUGAGCCACAGUCAGGAGGGGCACCAGGACUCUCUGUUACACCAUGACAUCUAUGGAGAAUGCCAUCAGCAGCAGAACUCAGAGGAACGCCGUGUCCUGGACCGCAACUAUUCGGACAUGGUGAACCUCAUGAAGCUAGAGGAGCAGCUCAGCCCACGCUCCAAAGCUCUGUCUAGCUGUGCCAGGGAGUACGAUACUUACAGAGAUGAGGACACCACGUCAAUCACCUCAGACCGCUCAGAGGACGGCUUCGACAUGACCAAGGGCAACCUGUCGCUGCUGGAGAAGGCCAUAGCGCUUGAGUCUGAGCGGGCCAAGGCUAUGAGGGACAAGAUGGCCUCAGAGGCAGCCCGGAGAGACAGAUUGCACCUGCAUGAAGAGAAUCACGGUCUGAGGCUCAGCUGUGCAGAAGAGCGUAAAGCCAGACUGCAUCACGAUGGCCUCAAGAAGCCCUACUACCACAAAGAUUCCUCAAGGUCAGAGAAGAAAGAGAGUCGAUGCCCAACGCCGGGCUGCGAUGGCACAGGUCAUGUGACUGGGUUGUAUCCUCACCACCGAAGCCUGUCUGGUUGCCCACAUAAAGACAGAGUUCCUCCAGAAAUUCUUGCAAUGUAUGAAAAUGUUCUUAAGUGUCCUACACCUGGCUGCACAGGGCGUGGCCAUGUCAAUAGCAACAGGAACUCACAUCGAAGUCUCUCAGGAUGCCCGAUAGCAGCUGCUGAGAAACUGGCCAAAGCUCAUGAGAAACACCAAGCCUGCAAUGGAACUAAGUCCAACCAGGCAUCGGACCGAGUUCUGAGGCCCAUGUGCUUUGUAAAGCAGCUGGAGAUCCCGCAGUAUGGCUAUAAGAACAAUGUCCCCACCACCACCCCACGCUCCAACCUGGCCAAAGAGCUGGAGAAAUACUCCAAGACCAGCUUCGAUUACAACGGCUAUGACAACCAGAAUGUGUACGGCAAACGUGCCAUCGCUCCUAAAGUCCAGGGCCGUGACACUUCACCCAAGGGAUACGAUGCUAAGCGGUACUGUAAGAACUCCAGCUCAGCAAGCAGCACCACCAGUAGCUAUGCUCCCAGCAGUAGCAGCAGCCUGAGCUGUGGAGGAGCUGCAGGAGCAGGAGGAGGAGGAGGAGGAGGAAGCAGUGCUAGCAGCACCUGCAGCAAAAGCAGCUUUGACUACACGCAUGACAUGGAGGCCGCCCACAUGGCCGCUACAGCCAUCCUCAACCUGUCCACACGUUGCAGAGAGAUGCCUCAGAGCCUGACCGGAAAGCCACAGGAGCUCUGCACACAGUCCGAUGAUCUCGAUCCCUUCCAGGACAUAUUAGAGGACACUUCAUAUGCCACAGACGUCGCCAUCCCGAGCCCCAAGCCAAAAUUCGCCCCUUGCAAAGAGAGCAAAAAGGACCUGAUAACAUGCCCAACUCCAGGGUGUGAUGGAAGUGGUCACGUAACCGGUAAUUACGCCUCGCAUAGAAGUCUUUCAGGUUGUCCUUUAGCCGAUAAAAGCAUUCGGAGUAUGAUGGCUACGAAUUCACAAGAACUCAAGUGCCCGACUCCGGGCUGCGAUGGCUCGGGACAUAUCACUGGAAAUUACGCCUCCCACAGAAGUUUGUCAGGAUGUCCACGGGCUCGCAAGAGUGGAAUAAAGAUUACCCACAGCAAAGAGGACAAGGAGGACCAGGAACCAAUCAGGUGUCCUGUUCCUGGUUGUGAUGGCCAGGGGCACGUGACAGGGAAGUACGCGUCUCACCGCAGUGCGUCAGGUUGCCCCCUGGCUGCCAAGCGGCAGAAGGACUGCUACAUGAACGGCACACAGUUCACGUGGAAGGCUGGGAAGACAGACGGCAUGUCCUGUCCCACUCCAGGCUGUGACGGCUCAGGUCAUGUCAGUGGCAGCUUUUUAACCCAUCGAAGUCUGUCAGGUUGUCCACGUGCUUCAUCUGCUAUGAAGAAGGCCAGACUGUCAGGAGUGGAGAUGCUUACAAUAAAAAGGCCAAGCAAUGGUUUGCACAAUGAUGAGGACAUUAAACAGCUGGAUGAAGAAAUCAAAGAUUUAAAUGAAUCCAAUUCACAAGUGGAGGCAGAUAUGAUCAAACUUAGAACACAGAUUACAACCAUGGAGUCUAAUCUGAAGUCAAUAGAGGAAGAAAACAAGGUGAUUGAACAGCAAAAUGAAUCUCUCCUGCAUGAGCUGGCCAACCUCAGCCAGUCACUGAUUAACAGUUUAGCUAAUAUCCAGCUCCCUCAUAUGAAACCGCCGCUACACAAAGAGCCUCCGAUUAGAAAUAACAGCUGUUUACAGUUGCAUCAGCGAGAUCCAAUAAACGAACAGAACUUUGACGCCUACGUGACGACUCUGACAGAUAUGUACACAAAUCAAGAGCAGUACCAGAGUCCAGAGAACAAGGCGUUACUGGAGAAUAUAAAACAAGCAGUACAAGGAAUCCAAGUCUAGCCACUCAGCAAACCUCAGAGCAAAGGGGGAAAGAAGGGGACGAUUAGGAAACAGGAGAAAUGGGUUUGAAUUGCCUCAUGGUUUGCUGCUGUAAUUUAGCAGACAGUGUUAAAUAUCCACAUAUGUUCUUUUUCAAAAAAAAAAAAAAAAAAGUAUUAUGCUUACAAUUCAUGAUUUUAUUUUAUUUAUUUAUUUAUUUUGUUUAAUUUCUCUUUAUUUUUGGUCUUGCUUUGAAAAAAAAAUAUCUUAUGGCAAAAAUAGUUUUUGGAAACAUUUCACAUUUUGUACGUUUUCAUAUGAGCUCACAUAGUGUGAUGUAACAUUUCUAGCUGCUCAUGUAUGCACAUUUUAGUGUAUAUUUCUGAACAGUAAGGCAAACAAUAUUGGAUAUACAUUCUUUUUUAAUGCUUGCUGAUUUAAAGAAAAAGAAAAAAAAAAAGAAGGGAUUUUAGUUGGAGAACACUAAACAACUGCGUCACGGACAUGCAAGGGUACACUGAGUGUAUCUCUUUUAUACCAGUUUAUUCUACUGUAGAACAUUGUACCUAUUUGUUUAAAAAAAUAUAUAUAUAUAUGUUUAUUAGGUACAUUGGUCUAGUAAUUAAUAAACUGGGAACUCAGUGUAUACCGACUUUUUAAACCAUUUUCUCCUCGGUGAAAGAUUUUUUUAAUUUGGUGUGGAGAUUGAAGGACAGACUGCGUUUUAUUUUUAAGCUAAGCUCGAGGAGUUUUAUUAUUGGCAUUGUGGGUCAAUGAACACUUGAUGAAAACAAACAGCAGAAGGAAAUCAACGUGAUGUAUGUAUGUAUGUAUGUAUGUAUGUCACAGUUCUAUUGUAAACAUCAUGACACGGAAACCUAAUGGUGGAAUUCCCAGAACUUAGCAAUGAACAUUAGUGUUGGUAAAGAGCUUUUGUCAUUAAAUCUGCAUUAGUGUAAUGGCAGCAGAGGUUCGCCCCAGCGUCAGCGUUCAUUUAGCCUGAUCCGUAUAUAUAUAUAUAUAUAUCAGUAGCACGAGUCUCACAUCAUAUCAGCAAUAUACGACUUGACAACAUUUUAUGGCGAUGAGCAGCAAUCUGUGGGGAGGGAAAACAAACAAACAAAAAAAAAAACAGUUGGGCUAUAUGCAAUUUCCUGUUUGUAGGCAUUAGUGGGGAAACAAACGAAACUUUUUACUAUAAUGUAAAUGAUUGAUUUUUUUAUAUAAAUCUUGUAAUACAAAAUUUUUCAACAGGGGGUAUAGUAUACUUGGACAUUAAAUUUAGAGGCAAGCAAGUGAUUUGUGAGAUUCCAUUUCCUUUAUUUAUGACUUUGCACGGGGACACCUUUGUUUCCAUGUUCUGAUGGUUUUACAUAAACUAAAGCAGUACUUGGGAAAUGGAAAAAGAAGGGUUUUGUAGAAUAAAUAUAUAUAAAUAUAAUUUAUGGAAGCGGGACUAACAGGGUCAUUGUCCCCACUUAUGUGCCAGUAGACUAUUUGCACUUGUCCUAAAGAUAUAUAAUUACUAAAUACUGGUGGUGUGCAAUCUCCAGGUGUCUCUUCGGCACACAAUCGGAACACAUUAUGUCAAGGAUGUUCAAUUGUAUCAGAAGGAGACUGCAGGGAAUCUGAAUAAAAAUGAGGACAAUAUCUUUACCAGUAAUAGUAUGACUUUUUUUUUUUUUUUGGUAUCUUUUCUUUUCUUUUCUUUUCUUUUCUUUUCUUUUCUUUUUUGUAUCAUCUAUAAUCAUUACAAAUCCCCAGCUGCACUUUAUGUCUAUCACUGUACAAAAUCAUCUGACAAGAUGUAAAAAGAAAAAGAAAAAAAAAAAGAAAAACAAUACAACGAGGAAAAUCUCAGUAUAAAGGGGCAGGAAGAUGAAAUCGGAUGUAGGUUGUUGCAAUCCUACUGUAUGUCUAGUUUCUCUCACAUUUCGUUAAGUAGCAACCAUGUUAAUACUUUGCCUUUUGAGGAGCGAAUGCGAAGGUGCUCGUCUUUCACCUGAUCUCCACUGUUGUACAGCUCUGUCCUCUUUUAAGGACUUCAUCCUCCAUAACCGCAUACGCCUUUCAUCCCAGCAUUGUGUCUGCAGCUUUUUGCCAAUAUAGUAAUGCUUUCAAUAGAAUAAUAGCUAGUAUCAGUUUUUUUGAAUAAAUUAUUGUUAUCAGUACAAUGGAAAAAGGAUUUAAAGCACAAACACGCUGCUCAUCUACUGUUGCUACAUUGAUAUCAAAUAAUUUUAAAAAAAUAUAUCUGUGACUAUUUACCUUGGGAAAAUAAAACAAAAAAAAAAAAACAAAAAACAAAAAAGGUGUCACAUAUUAGAAUGCUGAACUUUCAUAUGAAUUAUUGUGAAUUCAUCAGAGUUUAUUUAUUUUAAAUUCGUUUGAUUUGGAGGUUGAUUUGAGUACUCAUCGAUGAAGACAGGAUUUUGUAUAAACUAUUGUGCUCUCUGUGGAACUGAAGUUUGAUUUAUUUUUGUACAACACAGCAUGAAUUUGUUGACGUUUUAAUUUUGCUAUAAAUGUGUAAGAUCACAAGUUGCUGUGAUUUUUUUUUUGUUUGGUUUUUUUUUUGUUUUGUUUGGUUUUUGUUCGUUUGUUUCUUUUAUUUCAUUUUUAAAUUGUGGAAUUUGUACAACU